AUGGCUGCAAAAAUCGUAAAUAGUAUUAAGUAUUUAUUAUUUUCAGCUAAACAUACGAAAGUGAUACGAACUCUUAUAAAAUCAUCUUAUCCUAAUGGGUACAGAAACUUUGGACCUGAUUUAGAUAUAAUGAUGAUGCCUUUAAAUAAGAAGUAUGUGGACACGAGUAAAAUAGAAGAACAUAUAAACUGCAAUUCUAAUACAGCUGAAGAACGUUUCUUAGCAUCAAUGAAAUAUAUAGUACAAUAUAUUCAGUGGGAUAUUAAGAAAGGUAGAAAGAAUUAUGUGCGAUUUGGUGUAUUAUUAUUAAUUGAACUUAUAAACAAAUCUCAAAAGCACUGGAUGAAGCCUAGUGAACUGUCUAAUUACAUUAAAUUGAUAUGUGAAAAUUGGUUAGAUAAAAGAAAUGACUUGGAAAUAUAUGCAAAAUGGCUGCUAAGAUCUAAUAUUGCUAGGAAUAUUAAUAACAUAUUUGGAAAAAUUAAUGAGAGCCAAUACUAUAAAAUUCCUUUAAGUUGUUGCUCUUUAAACACAAAAAUUAUUCAAGAUUUAUGCAAAUGUAUAACUAGUUUUAGCAGUUGUAUAAAGAAAUUUCAAAGAGACUAUGCAGAAACUUCUGCUAUUCAACGAAAAAAAACUAUAAAUAAGGAAAUUAUGGAUUUAAAGAUUACAUUAGAUUGCAUAUUAAUGGGUUUACUAGUAGAGACAGAUGUGAUUGAUUCUUCCCCAGAAAAACUAGUAACAGAAUAUAUCUUACCAUCAUUAGCUUCAUUUGCAGAAUCUGAAUUCGUAGUGACAUAUGGAAUGAUAUUUCAUAAAGUAAAGUACUAUCAAAAAAGCUGGAAUUCAAAUUCAGUAAUUAAGGAUAAAAAAGUUGAAUUAAUUGAAGAUAACAACAUUUUUUAUCAAGGAGAUACAUUUAACUUCACAACUUUGAUUGAAAAUGUAUAUAUAACAUAUUUAAAGAUCAUUGAAACCCUUAGUAAAACAUCACUUAGAGAAUAUCAAGAAGACAUAAUUAAUAAUGUUGAAAAUUCGGCAUUAUUAACAGAAGUGGAGUUCAUAAAUAAUAGCUCUAAGCCAUAUAGUGAUUCAGCAGUAUUACCACCACUAUUUAAAGAUAUAAAUUUUAGUUUGCAAUCCCAAUUUUUCUUCCCAUACAUUUUAACUUCAGAUAUAUGUAUAAGUAUUUGUAAUGGAAAUCCAGACUAUGGAAUGGACAUUAUUUCGUCUAUUACGAAUACAAUAAAAUAUUACUCAUCUCCAAAAUUUUUAUCUAAUAAUAAUUCCUUAGAAUCUAAUCAAGAUAAUAUAUCUUUACUAUAUAUUUGCCAGCCUUAUUUCAUUAUGGAUGAAGCAAUAGCAGCUUUGGUUCAGCCUGGGGAAACUCCAGCAGCAUUACUUAAUUAUACUACAAUCCAAUACUGUUAUAGCUUAUUACGUUCCUUACAUCGUGUAUUGUGUUGUUGUCCAAGAAGUUCGAAUAUCCCUAAAGUCAUUUCUGUCUUAUUAUCCACUAUUGAUAUUAUACUUCCACUAUAUGAUAUAAAUGGUAUUCUCUGUAUUAAGAAUAAGUUAAAUGGAAGUGUUGUUAAGGGUAAAAAUAAAAACUCAAGCUCUGCUUUAAAUAACACCUCUUCCGGCAAAUCUGCGCUACUAUUAAGAGGUGCUGUAUUUCAUGUUAUACUAGACAUUAUGUGCAUAUUUAGUGAGACUUCACAAGUAUUUAAUGUAAUACGUGUCCUUGUAAAAUUAAGAGACUGGUGUGGAUCUUGUCUUCUUGAUUUAAUAAGGAGGUGCCAGAGGUUAUCUUUGACAUCGGAAAGCUUAAAUAAUAGCAAUAAAAUGACAAAUCUUUGUAAGAAUACUACAAAAAAUACCACUAAAGAUGAUCAAUUAGACUUAUUUUUUUCAAAUAUUGCUAAUCCUUCAUUUUGGAGUGAUACUAAAAUUCAGGAAAUAGCUAAUAUUAAUCGUAAAUGGAUAUCUGGACAGAAUAAUCACUUUCACCAAAAGCAGAAAAAUCUAUCAAAUAUUGUCCCAAGAGCGGAACAUUUACCAGAAUUUCCUGUUACAGGUUCUUUACAACUAGAAUUCUCUUUAUCUACUCCUUCAAGUACAAAUACGAACAGAAAUAAUAAGAUUACUACGAAAGAAAAAUUUGUAAAUGAGGAUAAUAGACACAGAGAAUGGAAUAAUUGUUUUCCACAGGGGUUAAGUAAUGAAAUGGAUGAAAAUAAUUGUAUUGAUCGAAAUGAUUACAGUAAUUAUUAUGAUAAUCAAUAUGAUAGUGACUGUUCUGAUGAGAAAAACAGCGAUAAUAGUAUAUACAAGUAUUAUAGCGAUGAUUCUGAUGAGGAACAAUGGAUAGACGAGAAACUUAUUGAACUUAUCAAAAGAAGGCCUAUUAGCUCAAUCCUUAAUGCAGAGCCACCUGCUAAUGGUAUUUUAAGAAGGUCAACAUCUGAAUAUCCCCCUAAUGGUUCUUCUAGAUCGGGAUUUACUACAAUAUGGACAAAGUAUCACUCAGCUGCACCUAAAACAUUUCCUUCAAUGAAAAAAGUGUGCUUUGCUGAGAUGAUAGAAAUAUAUUGA